ACCAGAAUAUGUGGCUGCAGCUACAAUCACCGACCGUCCCACCACGUCUCUGACACUCUGAUGAUCACCAGACUCCAUCGUUCCUGUUGCCAUGGAGAACCGCGGCCUGCUGUCCUUCACCGUGGCCUUUGUGGGUCUCCUGUGCCCGUGUCUGACGAGACUGACUCCCAGAGUCUCCUUCCCUUCGGGGAGUCCCGGGAGACAUCUCACCCGCUUCAGUAGCCACGACGUCAGCAACACCACCACUCUGCUUCUCAGCGAGGGUGGAGACAUGCUGUACGUCGGCGCCCGGGAUGCUGUGUUAGCCCUGGACGUUAGCCGCGAGGACGCCAUCAUCCUGAGGAACAAGCUGGACUGGAGCCCUUCAGACAGAGAUGUCGAACAAUGCUCCAUGAAAGGAAAGAAAAUGGCCGACUGUCCCAACUUCAUCCGUGUGCUGCAGUUCCUGAACUCCUCCCACAUCUACGCCUGUGGAACCUUCGCCUUCAGUCCUCGCUGCACCUACGUCAACUCGGAGACAUUAACGAUGAGCAUGAAGCCUGAUGAGGGCAGAGGUCGCUGCCCCUACGACCCUUACCAGCGCAACACCGCCAUCAUCGUGGACGGAGAGCUUUACACCGGGACGGUGGCAGACUACAGGGGGAACCGGCCCGUCAUCUCUCGCCACCUCAGUGAGGGACGGCGUGUGGACCUGAAGCUGGAUGACACGCUGGGAUGGCUGGAGGAUCCGACCUUCAUCAGCUCCAGUUUCGUCCCCGAUGAGGAGAAGAUCUACUUCUUCUUCAGCGAGGUCGGCCGAGAGUACGACUUCAUCGACAAGUUCGUCGUCUCUCGUGUUUCUCAGAUCUGCAUGAGUGACGUCGGGGGCCAGCGGACUCUGCAGCGACGCUGGACCACGUUUGCCAAAGCUCAGCUGUUGUGCCAGGCCGACAGCGAGCUGCCCUACAACGUGAUCCAGGACGUAGACACCCUCCCACCAGCAGAGGGAGCUCCUGCAGACGACACUCUGUUCUACGGCAUCUUCACCUCUCAGUGGUCGGUGAACUCCGGACGCUCGGCCGUGUGCUCGUUCCGCCUGAGUGACAUCAAAUCAGUUUUCUCUGGAAACUACAAAGUCCUGAACCGGGACACGUUACAGUGGAGCACACGGGUUCAGGAGAAGGUCGCAAAUCCAGGAGAGUGCGGUCUGCACAACGCCUCAGACAACGCCCUGCGCUUCGUCAAAGAGAACUUCCUGGCAGACGACAGCGUGCGGCCGGAGGGGAGGAGUCUGACCAUGGUGUCAGCUGAGCGCUACAGUCACCUGACGGUCCAGAGAGUCCAGGCUGCCAACAACAGAGACUACACCGUCCUGUUCCUGCUGACAGAGUCUGGUUACCUACACAAAGCGGUGCUGCUGCAGACCGGGGCCCACAUCGUCGAGGAGGUCCAGGUGUUUGAGCAGCCGCAGCCCGUCAAGAGCCUGAAGCUGUCCGUACCCAAGGGUGUGAUCUAUGUCGGCACAUCGGAGGGCGUGGUCAGGGUCCCCAUAGCGAACUGUUCCUUUUACUGGACCUGUGCUCAGUGUGUUCUGGCCCGAGACCCCUUCUGUGGUUGGGACGCUGCCGGCAGAGCCUGCGUGAAGACCCCCAACACUCAGAGCAGUCUAGCUCAGGACGUGGACAGAGGGAACGUGGAGGAGGCGUGCUACAGCGUGACGCUGACACACAGAGCCCGGUUUGGACCCAACAGUCUGCCUGCAGCCUCUUGUCCUGCAGGUGAGCUGGUGUCAGUGUCUCUGAAUGAAGUGGUGCGGCUGCAGUGUCCCGCGGCGUCCCGGCUGUCCCGGCAGCUGUGGGAGCGUCCCAACAGCCGGCUGUCCUCAGACCUGUACCUGCACCUGGGAGACGGGAGUCUGAGCUUCGUGGCCACCCCCGCCACCCUGGGCCACUACCUGUGCCUGUCCACUGAGAACGGCUACCAGCAGCCUAUGGCCAUCUACCACGUCAAACAGAAGAGCAGCCCCGUGGCUCAAACCACGACCAGCAACACCCGGCCUCAGACACGCCCCGUCCCCACCACCCAGGCUGAGGCCAGGCCCGGACCCGGGCCGCACACCUCUGUGGGGCCGAAAAGAAAAGACACGAGACGAGGAGAGACCGAGCCCACGCUGUCCAGCAGGGACCCUCAGGUCAUCACCAGACAGCUGGACAGGAACUUCACCCUGUGGACACUGGAGUCCAGACCGAAAGACGCGGCCCCUCGGGACGGGGAGCCGCUGCAGUCGGCCCCGGGGCCCAGCUAUCUGAAGGAGCUGGUGGUGGUGUCGGUUCUGCUGGUGCUGUGCCUCAGUUUACUGAUCACCAUCCUCCUGUACGUGGUCAGACAGCGCUGCCGCCGCCAGACGGUCCCGCAGGCAGGAACGCCAACCCGAGACUCUGACAGAAGGACCCCUGUGGAGCAGGAGGCCCCCAGGGGGAACCAGUUUCUGAGUAAACGCAACGGACAAAGUCCACACGGCGGACAGGCCAGUGGCUUCGGCCGCAACGGGGCCCUCACAGGCUCCAAUGGGCAUUUACCCAACACCCCCAUCUGAACGGUCCCACACAUUCAACUGUGACAGAUGAGAGCGGAGGUGAGAGGGGGGGGCCCCCAGGUACCAGAGUCAUCAUGGAGACUGUCAGUCAGCCCAGAGGUUCUGUUGGACUCCUGUGAUCCUGACCGGCCACAUUUGGAUCUAAUAGGCUGAGAGACGGUGUUCUGCGGUUCUGAGGCCGGAACACGAGCUGAUCCGGUUCACCUGGUUCUGUCAGUGUUUUUAUAGAAUAGUCAGUGUUUUGAUGCCACAGUUCCACACCUGUUGUUACGGGGUCAUUUUUCAAGAGUUCAUCCUGAGCAGAGCUGUCGGGUUGUAGAUGUGUCUCCUCGCUCUUUAGCGGCGUGAGAAUAUAUAUUCUGCCAAACACACGUUGGAGGGAAGUUGUCCCCGACAGGAAGCCGGGCGCGUCACAUUUGCCUUAUUUCACGUCUCCUGGGGGCCCAGACAUGGAUCUGGUCCACCACGAUGAAGGAAGUCUCAGUUCCCUCAUUUCCUGUCGGAGCAGCGAGGAGGCGGCCGGGCGAUGCAACACUCCACUCUUCACUGAAGUCUUCAUCCAAUCGUCAGCCUCUUCGUUAGUCAGUUAGUGACGCUGCAGCUGAUUGGAUCUGAUGCUGAGAAACUGAACAGAUUGAACCCGGGUUUACCAUCAGCACCAGGUUUAGAUUUUCUUUGUGUUUCUGUCUUUAUCACGUGCGUCACUGUGAGGCCGAACGUCCUGAACUAAAGAACUCAUCAUGUUUUCUACCAGAUCCUCUGAUCAGAACCUGGAUCCUCACACUAACACUUCACCAAUAGAACAUAGACUGACUGACUGACUGACUGACUGUGUGACUGACUGUGUGACUGACUGACUGACUCACUGACUGACUGUG